AUGCCUGCGCCGGUCCUAAACACCAACGGCUCGUCGAGCCAGUACCACGUCCAGUCGGUGCCCACGCAGGUGCGCGCCAUCUGCUGUAUCGGCGCCGGCUACGUUGGUGGGCCUACGUGCUCGGUCAUCGCGCUCAAGUGCCCUCACAUCAAGGUCACCAUCGUCGACGUCAACCCGGUGCGCAUCGCCGCGUGGAACUCGGACGUGCUGCCCGUGUUUGAGCCUGGUCUCGACGAGGUCGUGCACGAGUGCCGCGGCAGGAACCUCUUCUUCUCGACCGACAUCGAUGCGGCCAUCCAGGAGGCGGACCUCAUCUUUGUCUCGGUCAACACGCCCACAAAGACCUCGGGUGUCGGCAAGGGCUUCGCCGCCGACCUGCACUACGUCGAGGCGUCCACCCGUCGCAUCGCCUCGGUCGCAACCAGCUCCAAGAUCAUCGUCGAAAAGUCCACAGUGCCGUGCCGCACGGCCGCGAGCAUGCGCACCAUCCUCGAGUCCAACUCGAGCUACACUGCCGAUGGCACGCUCAUCUCGUUCCAGAUCCUGUCCAACCCCGAGUUCCUCGCCGAGGGCACCGCCAUUCGCGAUCUCUUGGCCCCGGACCGUGUGCUAAUCGGCUCGCUCGAUACCAGCCAGGGCAAGGCUGCCGCCAAGGCGCUCAGCGAGGUCUACCAGAACUGGGUCAACCCCUCAAAGAUCUACGAGACCGGACUCUGGUCGUCCGAGCUCAGCAAGCUCGCCGCCAACGCGCUCCUGGCGCAGCGCAUCUCGAGCAUCAACUCGCUCUCGGCGAUCUGCGAGGCCACUGGUGCCGAUGUGGACGAAGUCGCCCAUGCGUGCGGUCUCGAUGCCCGUAUCGGACCCAAAUUCCUCAAGGCUUCGGUCGGAUUUGGCGGCAGCUGUUUCCAGAAGGACAUUCUGAACCUCGUCUACCUCUCCGAGUCGCUCGGAUUGAGCGAGGUGGCCGACUACUGGCACCAGGUGAUCAAGAUGAACGAAUAUUCCAAGGAGCGCUUUGCACGCAAGGUGGUGAGCACGCUCUUCAACACGAUCACCAUGAAGAAGAUCGCCGUGCUCGGCUUUGCGUUCAAGAAGGACACGGGCGACACGCGCGAGUCGGCAGCCAUCACGCUGUGCAAGUACUUCCGCCAGGAGCGUGCCUUGAUCUCGAUCUACGAUCCCAAGGUCACCACCAACCAGAUCAUGCUCGACCUCACCGAGCCCGGCGUUGUCGACGAUGCAGAGCAGGUCAAGAAGCAGGUAACGAUUGCCAAAUCGAUGAAGGAGGCUUGCGUCGAUGCCGAGGCGGUCAUCAUCUGUACCGAGUGGGACGAGUUCCGCGAUGCAUCCCCACAGGACUGGGCCGAGAUCUAUGCCUCCAUGAAGAAGCCCGCCUUCGCCUUUGACGGACGUGGCGUGGUGGACGCAAAGAUCCUGCGUGCCGUCGGCUUCAAGGUGCACACUGUUGGAAAGGGACCCCUGAUCGUCGACCCCAUCUGGGCCUAA